GAGCGAAAAAUGGCGACGUUAAUCAGGAGCAAAAUUUCCAAUAAACUGUCCAAUGCGGCGACCUCCGUCUCUAACAAAUCCCAGGCGAAGGUGAGUGGGAUGUUCGCCAGGAUGGGCUUCCAGGCAGCCACCGACGAGGAGGGUCUCGGCUUCGCAGCCUGCGAUGAUUUGGACUAUGAUCACAGGCAGGGCAUGCAGAUGGACGUUUUAACAACUGACGAAAUGGGAGGAGAAGGGACUGGACAGAUUGGUGGGGAAGGGACAUUGGAUGGGGACAGCCACUAUCAGAGAGACGGAACCGGCCCCCCGCCCUCAGACUCGAAAGACGGACAACUGGCGAACGAGUUGACUGAAGUUAGACCAAAAAUUACCGCUUGGGAGGCGGGCUGGAACGUCACAAACGCAAUCCAGGGGAUGUUCGUGCUUGGUUUACCCUACGCCAUUCUGCACGGGGGAUACCUUGGACUAUUUCUCAUUAUCUUCGCCGCCGUGGUGUGUUGUUACACGGGGAAAAUCCUAAUUUCCUGUCUGUACGAGGAAGACGAAGACGGGCAGCUCGUGCGCGUGAGAGACUCAUACGUGGACAUCGCCAACGCCUGCUGUGCGCCCAGAUUCCCGUCGUUGGGCGGCCACGUCGUGAAUGUAGCCCAGAUCAUAGAGCUGGUGAUGACCUGCAUCCUGUACGUCGUCGUCAGCGGCAACCUGAUGUACAACAGCUUCCCCAACAUGCCGAUUUCACAGAAGUCUUGGGCCAUCAUCGCCACGGCCGCCCUCCUCCCCUGCGCCUUUCUCAAGAACCUGAAAGCCGUCUCCAAGUUCAGCCUGUUGUGCACGCUGGCCCACUUCGUCAUCAACGUGCUGGUGAUAGCCUACUGCCUCUCCAGGGCGAGAGACUGGGCCUGGGACAAGGUCAAGUUCUACAUCGACGUGAAGAAGUUCCCCAUCUCCAUCGGUAUCAUCGUGUUCAGCUAUACCUCUCAGAUUUUCUUGCCCUCCCUGGAGGGCAACAUGCAGAAACCCAGCGAGUUCCACUGCAUGAUGAACUGGACCCACAUCGCCGCGUGCAUCCUCAAGGGCCUCUUCGCCCUCGUGGCGUACUUGACCUGGGCCGACGCCACCAAGGAGGUCAUCACAGACAACCUGCCGUCAACCAUUCGAGCUGUCGUCAAUAUAUUCUUAGUGGCCAAGGCGUUGCUGUCGUAUCCGUUGCCAUUUUUUGCAGCCGUCGAAGUGCUGGAGAAAACUUUCUUCCAGGAAGGCGGACGCGCGUACUUCCCAGACUGCUACGGAGGCGACGGACGCUUAAAGUCGUGGGGCCUCACUCUCCGCUGCAGCCUUGUUGUGUUCACCUUGCUCAUGGCGAUAUACGUGCCACACUUCGCCCUCCUCAUGGGCCUGACGGGCAGCCUGACGGGCGCAGGGCUGUGCUUCCUACUUCCAAGUCUCUUCCACCUCAAGCUGCUAUGGAGAAAGCUGCUGUGGCACCAGGUCUUCUUCGAUGUCGCCAUCUUUGUAAUAGGAGGCAUAUGCAGCAUAUCCGGUUUUAUUCAUUCGAUGGAGGGGCUUAUAGAAGCCUACAAGUAUAACAUAGAGGAUUAG